AUGUCCUUGGACCCACAAACCCAAGUGGUCAGAAAGAUCUCAACAUCCGAGCCAUCUCCAGCAGGAGAACCAACCGCUUCGGCGAUACAAUAUCCACGAAUAUACCCAAGUCCCUCUUCUCCCAUAGAGGCACCAGCCUUUGCCCAUACCAACAAUGCUAAUGCCAGCACUCUCACUAUGACUACCGAGUAUACCAACCGUUCUUCUACCAGAGAUUCCCCUGUACCACAAGGGGGGCAAAGAGACCAAGAAGGCCACUAUGUUGGCUCUUCAAGUGCCGUAUCCUUUCUUAUCCGCAUCCAGAGGCGUCUUCAUCAAAGCUCUUCACUCUCUCAUGACUCGACAAUAUUUACAUUUGGAGAUGCUCCGCUGCCAGAAUUUGACCAAUCUCUGUUCUUCCUCCCACCCAAGUCCGACGCACAAAGACUCGUAGAACGGUAUUUUGACUAUGCUGCUCCCACCCACCGGUUUCUGCAUCGGCCAAGUAUCGAGAAAUUGCUAGAUGAGUUUUACGAUACACUUGGCGAGAUAAGAGGUAGAGAGGAUGGCAAGGCAAAGGCGGCGCUCCUAAUGGUAGUCUUUGCACAAGCACAAGCCUAUAUGCCUCCCGGUAGUACUAUACAAGAGAAUAGUGCCCGCUAUUUCUUUGCAUCUGAACACCAGCUAUCGAAAGAACGUGGUGCUGUCAGACUGGCAAGUGUACAAGCACGGCUAUUGCAGUGCUUCUACCUUCUGACACAAUCACGAAUAAACCACUGCUGGAGCCUUUUCGGUACGCUCUCACAUUUGAUGCUUGCCAUCGGUUUGAAUCGCGGCAGGAAAUGCGACCCUACAACCAGCGACUAUGUGGAGCUUGAAAGUCGAAGACGAGUCUUUUGGUGCGCAUACUCUCUUGAUAAGUACCUCGCUGCUGCUCUCGGUCGCCCACGGACUUUCAAAGAUGAAGACAUCGACCAGGAACUUCCAACCAUCGUCAAUGAUAAUGAUCUUCUUCAGUCAUAUAUUAGGCCGACCCCUCCACACGCCCAUUCCAUAAUGACUGCCCCGGUCGAGCACAUAAAGCUAACUCGAAUCGUAUCCCUUGUUCUCCGAGACCUCUAUUCCAUUAGACCUCCAAGCCUAGGUAGGCGCAUUGAACUUUCAGCGAAAUACACCGCAGAUCUGCAUGCAUGGCGUAAUUCGCUAUCCGGGUUCCUAGCGGGCUCCAGUCCACAAGGAGGCAUAGAAAGCCAAUCGUUAAUCCCGAUAUUCCAACGCCAGCGCUCAGUAUUGAACCUAGCAUAUCACCAUGCGAUUCUACUCAUCCAUCGCCCCUUCUUACUAAGAGACUUUGCAAGCCUAACACACAUGCCCACGCACCCAAACUGGGGCACCAAUCCAAACAAAACAUACGACACAACCCCCAACAUAAUUGCGUGCCUCGAAGCCGCCAUGGCGAUUACCCGUGUCGUAAACGACGUUUUCACAUCAUCCAAUCUCUUCCGCUCCUUCUGGUUCACACAAUACUAUGCCUUCUGUGCCGUCGUCGUCUUGUACAUCCAUCGCAUCCAGCAGGGUCUCGGCGUCAAGAACAACGUCCAAAGCGAGGGCUACUACGAAAAGGGUGUUGCAUGCCAGAAACAGCUAGAAACGGUGAGAGACACAGAUUGUCUUGCGCGAAGGUACUGUCUCGUGUUGGAGGAACUGAGAGUUGAGGCUGAAAGGCAAUCCACGAGGCUGUUGAGUCCGGUGGAAGCGGCGGGUGCGCAGGGGACGGAUGAGGUCCCCUCAUCAUCUACAAAUCUCGACACCGAACGUCCCACUCUUCUUCCUCAGCCCAUGCCCCAGCCUGACGCCGCGAAUCAAUCUUCUAUACCGGGUCUCCAGGAUACCCUGUACAACCCUCCUGUUUUCGGACCUGAUCUGUUCGACUGGUCUGAUCUGGCUAGUUGGGGCCAGUUUGAGGGUCUCGUUACGGCAGGAAAUGGUAUGUAUGAUCCGGGUAUGCUAGGAGAUGAGGGUGAAUUUCAGUUUGAUUUUAAUACUGGGGGGUAA